UUGCCGGCCAGUUGUCAUUAAACCAUUUUUUUGGAGCCCCGUAACCUCAUUCGUCAGUGGAAGCCGUUCUGUGAGGAAGCCUCUCUCUAAAGCAGCAGCAGUUGAACAAAAAAAAAACUAAAAGCCAAACAAAAAAUUAUUAAAAAAAUCUAUUAUUUUAUUUUAAAAGAAAAAAAGCAAGAAAAAAAUGCCAAAAUUUCGAGGAUGCAAGACCCGGGCUCCCGAUUCCGGGGAGUCGGCUCCGAAGCGCGAGCGAAAGGAGGGCGGUGGUGGUGGAGGCGGUGGCGGUGCUGGUGGUGGUAGUGGUGGUGGUGGUGGUGGAUCGCCGAAGCAGUCGCAGCGCAACCACCGCAAGGACCACCGCAACAAGGGCAACAACCCCAAGGACGCCAACGGCCCGAAUGCACCCCGGCAGCGCAGCCCCUCGCCCGCCCCCUCCCAGAACUCCAUGAGCAGCGACUCCAGCUCCGAGUCAAGCUUCACCGACUCGAGCAGCAGCUCGUCGGGCUCCUCCACCGCCUCCAGCUCACCCAGCAGCUCCUCCUCGUCCAGCGACAGCGAUGACGAACCGGAACGGCCGGAAAGGUCCGACCGGAAGCACAAGUGCUGCCGCCACCGGCACCACCAUCGCCGCCGCCGGCGGUACCAUAGGCCGCGCCGUCGCCGUCGUCGCCACCGGGGGUGCAACUUGCGGCGCGGCAAGCGGAGUCGCCGCGACAGAUCCGGGCACUCGGACCGAUCCACCAAGACCGUUGCCAUUGUCGCCUCCACGUCCGUCAAGGCGACGGCUACCCAAUCGGCGCCUGUUAUUCAUAUCCCGGACCCGGUGCCGCAGCCGGUGCCGGCGCCCAUACCGGCGGCCAUGGCUGUGCCGCAGCCGGUGCCGGCUCCCGUCCCAGCUCCCGUCCCGGCGCCAACUCCCCUGUCCACGGCAGCGGCCGGCCACGCCCCGGAAGGCGUCCGGAAGCAGCGAGUGCGCUGCAUGAACUCCCAAACUGGAGCAGGAGCAGGUGCCACCACCACCACCACCACUACCCAGCACUCGAACCAAUCCAGCCACCUGCCCAACAGGCAGCAGCAGCAGCAGCAGCAUCCGACCCAGGUACCGAACUACGCCAACUUGUCCACCACCUCGAAGUUCACCGUGCCAGCCGGUAGCUCCGGGGUGGUAGUGACCACCGGGACGACGAACUUCACGAAUGCCCGGGACAGCGAGUCCAUCUUCCCCGAGGUGAACAGCUACAAGAGCAAGAACCAGACCACCAAGACCAUCAUCAGCAUCGCCAGCGCCUCCAACAAGUCGUCGGGGGCCAUGAAGAGCUCCGGGACGAAGCCGCUGGGAGGGCAGCAGCAGAAGCCCAACCAGUCCCGAGUCCAAGAAACCAAUCAAGGCAACAACCAGACCUUCAACCAGGGCGACCAGGACCAGAAGAACACCAAUCUCGACGCCACCCAGAACAACACCACCACCACCACCACUACCACCUCGAAGCCGAGCAUCAGCAGCUCCCAGAACAACCACAGCCAGAUGGCCGGGAAGGAGCAGACCGGGAACCGGCCUCAGAGGCAUUCCUUCCCCAACAACACCGCCAGACCCUGCCGCCGGGGCAUGGACCAGUCCCCGGACUCGACAGAUGGCCCAAGGCGCCAGUGGCAGAACAGCCGGAUGCGGUACAUGCAACGGAAUCGGCGCAGUCGCAGCGCUAGUCCAGUGUACAGUGACUUGGAGGACGAAAGGAAUAACUCUAGGAACAUAAAUCGCCACUUCAACCACAACAGAAAUAACAACAACAGAAGCAACAACAACAACCACAACAACAACAACAACAACAAUAAUAACGGGAAAGGAUCAAACUUCAACUUCAAUCGCCUGCCAGUAAGGAUAGUCCGUCUCCACAUCAAGGGUCUGUCGCGCCAGGUGACCAAGGAGCACAUCUCGGAGAUAUUCGGCCACUUCGGGGAGAUCACGGCGGUGGACUUUCCCACGGAUCGGUUCCAGGGACGUCUGGGGCGGGGCUAUGCCUUCGUGGAGUACACCCGGCCGGAGGACUGCGCCUGCGCCAUCAAGCACAUGAACGGCGGCCAGAUCGACGGCAAGCGGAUCGUCGUCUCCGCCUUCCAGGAGAACAUGCUGCGAGCGCCGUGGCGUCAAUACCGUCGCUAUUCUCCCGUCCGCCGCCGUCAGCGUCAGAAGUCCAACUCCAAGUCCCACUCCCCGUCAAUCUCGGUGAUCUCCCACUCGGACUCGAAGUCGCCGCGCUGUGGGCGUGGCAGGACGCGCUUCAAGUCGCGCUACCAGUCCAGUUCCCAUUCAAGAUCGAGGUCGAGGUCGAGGUCCAGGUCCCGUUCCCGCUCCCGUUCCUCGCCGCGCUACGGACAGUAUCAUCGGCCCAACUCGAGGCCAUAGAAGGGUCUGAACAAGAUUUAGAACUAGGUGGCUGUGGGAGGAGGAAUUUUUUCUGAUUUAUAAACUAUUUUUAAAUAAAAAUUAAAACGGGAAUCCAUUAGAUUAUAGAA